CUCUCUGACCGGAAGCGAUAAGCGGCUCGGAGCCCUGGCAGAAUGAAAGUAUUUUCCGUCCUGCGGAGCUAGUUAGCAUGAGAUGACUCUGUUUUCCUCUGGAUUUAAUUACAUUUCAGUGGCUGGAGAAAAAGUUUGAAUGGAACAUAAUAAAGUUUUAUUGAACAUUUUCACGCAGUUUGUUCUGUUCUGUCUCAUCGUCCUGAAGGCGGAGCAGCUGUCAGAUGACGGAGGCGGCUGGUCGUUGAAUUCAGAUUUCAGUCUGCAGGAUGAAGGUCCCUGUAACAUCGACGUGUUGGACAGCUCCUCACUGUCACACCAGCAGUUCAUCGAGAGGUACGCGUACAGCCGGCCGGUGAUCCUCAGAGGUCUGACUGAUAACACGAAAUUCAGGUCGCUGUGCUCCAAGUGGAGCUUACUAGAAGAGUACGGGGACCGGCGGGUUCGGCUCUGUACAGCUAACACUUACUCUUACCAGAAAGUGGACGUCCCGUUUCAGGAGUACGUGGAUAUUUUACUGAGGCCUCAGGCUGCAGACGCCCUCGGCAGCGACACGCUGUAUUUCUUCGGAGACAACAACUUCACGGAGUGGCAGAGUUUGUUCGAUCACUACGAGUCUCCUCCGUACAUCCUGCCGCGCACCAGCGGAGCGUACAGCUUCGGGAUCGCAGGUCCAGGAACGGGAGUCCCGUUCCACUGGCACGGUCCCGGUUACUCUGAGGUCAUCUACGGUCGGAAGCGCUGGUUCCUCUACCCGCCUGAUCAGGAGCCUCAUUUCCAUCCGAACCGCACCACCCUGUCCUGGCUGACUGACACCUACCCCCACCUGCCCGAGGAAGAGGCUCCGCUGGAGUGCACCAUCAGACCCGGAGAGGUGUUGUAUUUCCCCGACCGCUGGUGGCACGCCACUCUCAACCUGGACACCAGCGUUUUCAUCUCCACCUUCCUCGGCUGAGCUUCACCUUCAGCUCUGUGUUCAUCACAUCAGAUUCAUCAGUUUGUUCCUCUGACUGACGGCAGGAAAAACAUCAGACGCAGGCUGAUGAAGUGGACGCAGAAACAUUCCAGGGGUUUUAAAAUUAAACCAUGUUUCCUAAUAAUUAUUAUUAAUAAUGAAAUACUGUGUAUUUUAUGACCAAAGAAGCUAAAAGAGACGUUCCUGCUCUCACACACACACACACACACACACACACACACACACACACACAGUGACAGAGAGCAGAACAUGUUUUUCUGUCACUUCUUGUGGGACCAACUGUUGAAGGAAAUACAUGUGAGAAUUAUUGAUCUUUGUCAUUAUACUGUUUCAGAAUCAGUUGAACUGUGUUGACAUAAUAAAGCACAAAACAUCUGAUCCAGUCCGUGUUGUCUCAGAAAUGAAGAUGUCUGCCUCCUGGGAGGGAUUUCUGUGUUUUCUCCUGACAGAUAAAGAGCUGAGGGUCAUGA